AUGGCCUCCCCCAAGAAGCACGUUGUCUUCGACGUCGUCGGCACCUGUGUGUCAUUUGACGCCUUUUUUGAUAGCAUCGAACAGGCUAUUGGGCCGAGACUCCUGGCGCAAAAUGUGACGGCCAAACUUUUUGGGUUCGCGUGGAUGCAAGCUGCUGAGCUCGAACACACGAUGCUCCGCAUGUCCAAGCGAGAGAAGCCGUACGCAGAAGUGUUCAAGGCGCUUUUCUACCGCAUCCUGUUUAUGGCUGGAAUUGACGACCCGAGGUCCUUCGCAACCGACGAGGAAAGAGAUAUGUGUCACGCCGGCUAUUCCAAGCUGGAAUUGCGCCCAGGUUGCCGAGAGAUGAUGGAGAAGCUAAGAGAAAACGGAUUUACUGUCUGGUGUUUGACCACGGGCGAUGCGCAAAGGGUUGGCGGCUACUUCAAGCGCGCCGGUUUUGACAUGCCUGCUGAAAACCUGGUCUCAUGUCAUGAUUUCUUAAAGCCUGGGUCGUCAAUCUCGGAAUCCGCAGAUACCUCUUCUAUAGAGUUUAUAAAACCUUCCAUGGGCUCGUAUCAGCCCAUGCUAGACAAAUUCGCUCCCGCAGAUCAAAAGUGGUUCGCCGCUGCACAUAUGUGGGAUGUCAGCGCUGCUGUCAAGGCCGGCUUCCGCGGCGCCUAUUGUUCGAUCUAUGAGAAAGAGUCUUGCAUUGAGAUAUUCGACACCAAGAUGGAUGUCAUGGCCGACAGUCUGUCCGAAAUGACGGACAAGAUCAUUGCUGCAGCCUCGGAGGUUUAG